UUCUCACCCCCCUUAUCUGUUUUCCUAUCUUUCCUUUUCCUUCUUCAUCAUCAUCAUUCCCCUUGUUUUUUCAAAUGAGAUCGAAAACCCAAACCCUAAUCCCAAUUCAAGCAUGACAAACAAACACUCCACACGCAAAGAUUGAAUUUUGAAUCCCCAUCUCGAUUCCUUCCAUCUCUCUCUCCAAUGGAUGCAGCUUCAAUGAUUUCGAAUCCUGACCUAAUCCACUAUCUAUGCAUUGCAAAAUCAACAACAAUUCUCGCACAUCACAUCAAAGAUUCCAAAGAUUCAUCCACCAUAGAAACAUUAGCAUCUAAAUGCUUACAACAUUCCCCUCCCAAUCAUUCCUUUUUCUCUCACACCGUUAAUAAUCGCACCUACACCUUCAUUAUCCAACCACCCUUCGUUCUCUUCGCAAUCUUCGAUCACAACCUUCUCAAAUCACACGCUCUCGCUUUUCUCAACCGUAUCAAAUCCUCCCUCCUCCAAACCCUUGAUCAAAAUGCCACCUUUGCCCCUUUCUCUCUUCAGCCCCAAUUCGAUUCUGUUUUGAACGAAACCCUAAACUUCUACGACCUAUCUUCUAAUCCCGAUAGCUCCGUGAUUUCGCCGACGAAUUCGCGAACCCUCCUCGUGAAACCUGAUGAAGGGUUGAAGAAAAAGAAGAGAAUUGUUGAUGAUGGCAAAGAAGCUGCAUUGGUGGAUUUAUCUUCGGAUGAUAACAGUUCGUUGCCGUUUUCGAAGAUCAAUGAUCGUCAGAAAGCCAAGCAUAUAUGGAAGAAACACGUGUGGGUUGUGUUGAUGCUUGAUUUGUUUGUCUGCGCUGUUUUGUUUGUGAUUUGGUUAUGGGUUUGCAGCGGUUUCGAUUGCAUGGCUUAUUGAAACAAUGAUUCAAACAAGAAGAAAAAAAAAUGGAAACUUUUUACUUUCUGUUGUGUUUUUUUGUCUCUUCUCUGAAGGGAUUCUUAGCUUCUGGUUGAGUCAACAGUUUAAGAGCAUGAAGUUGCAGAGUAUACAUCUUCUGUAUUAAUGGGGGAUAACCGGUUUCUGUAUGUAAUUGGGGUUUUCGGGUUGCUUAUUUAUUCAUCAGUUUUUUUUGUAUGAUCUUUUUUCUUUCUUUUUUUGUUGAUGGAAAUUGCAAUCCUAAGAUCUCUGUAUUUUCCGGACCCAGGUUUCAUUAUGUUAUGUAUCAUAUACUUUUGUUAGAAUUUGCAUUUGCUCAAUUGUGCAAAAUUACAGAUUCCUGAUUA